UCUCUCAUACUUAUUUAUACUUCUUUCUUCUCUUUCCCUUUAUUCUUCUCAUAAAAUUCUCUUAGUUCAUUCAUCGGUCUUCCUCUGUUUUCUAAUAACACAAUCAACUAAGCAAAUCCAUCGAUUCAAGCAAAAUGGGCAUAUGCAAUUCGUGCGAAUCUACGUCUGUAGCUACGGUAAAACUAAUACUGCAAGAUGGAAGAUUACAAGAGUUCCCUUAUCCCAUAAAAGCUUCAUAUCUCUUACAAAAAGAUCCCACUAUCUUCAUUUGUAACUCAGAUGAAAUGGAAUUUGGAGAUAUGGUUUACGCCAUAAAUGGCGACGAAGAGCUUCAAUUAGGUCAGCUAUAUUUUGCUUUGCCAUUGAAGCGGCUAAGAAGUAAGCUUCGAGCAGAAGAAAUGGCAGCAUUAGCGGUGAAGGCUAGUUCCGCAUUGAAGAGAAGUAGUAGUUGUUGUAGAGAGAAAUGUGGGUGUCGUAAUAAGGAGUUUGUAUUUUCUGAAGGGAAGGGCGGUGGCAAAGUGGCGGAUGGUUCAUUGAGAAAAGGGAGGAUUAGUGGUGGUGGAAGUGGGAGGAGAGGGAAGCACAUGGCGAGGUUGAGUGCAAUACCGGAGUAGGGUAAAAUCUUGUUUUGGUAAAUUUUUGUUUUACCGGGUAAAAGUACCUUGUCAAAAAGAAUGAAAUAGUUGAGUUGCUCGCGAAUAAAUCAAAAGUUCAGAAUAUGACCGCCAUAGAAAAGAAGAAAGGUGUUGUAGAUUGGUUUACCAUUCAGAUAUUGAGGUAAGGUGAAAAGACGUGUUUUGUAAAGAUCAAAAUUGGAGUUGUUGAUCUUGGAAGACGAGAUGAAAUUGCUAUCGAUUGUUGGAUGCGUUGGAACCAAAAUCCUAAAAUGAAUCCGAUUCUGUAUUGGAGAUCGGAGAAGGAGAAAUGAAAAACGGUAAUGAAAGUUAAAUGUAUAGAUAUCGUGUGAAAGAUUUUCGCUGAUAUCACUAGACUAGAAGCAAUUAUGAUUGAUCCUUAGAUUAGAAUAUUGUUCCUCUUAUUUUGUAAAAAGUAGGUUUUGUAAAUAAGUUGAGAUUCAAGAACUGCUCUCUAUGAUUCAAAAUUGGUCUUCUUUUACUUUGAUA